AUGCAGGCCAGCCUGAGUUCACAAGCAGCGAGCAGGUCAUUCUUCACGACGCGGCCGGUGCUGCGGCGUGCCACCCAAGCCAGGCGGGCCCUGGUCACUCGGGCUCUGAACAUGGACGAGCUCAAGAAACAGGCCGCCUGGAAGGCCGUGGAGUACGUGAAGAGCGGGGACGUUGUGGGUUUGGGCACAGGAUCCACUGCAGCAUUCGCAGUGGACCGCAUUGGCGACCUGCUGAGCUCUGGAGAGCUGAAGGACAUCGUGGGCGUCCCCACAUCUGUGCGGACCUAUGAGCAGGCCAAAGGCCGCGGCAUCCCUCUGGCGACCCUGUCGGAGCAGCCCAAGCUGGAUGUGGCAAUCGACGGCGCGGAUGAGGUGGACCCCAACCUGGAUGUUGUCAAGGGCCGGGGCGGCGCGCUCCUCCGCGAGAAGAUGGUGGAGCAGGCGUCUGCCAAGUUUGUGUGCAUCGUAGACGACUCCAAGCUGGUUGAGGGCCUCGGGGGCAGCAAAGAUGCGAUGCCGGUCGAGAUCGUGCAGUUCUGCCACGAGUACACUCUGAAGCGGCUCCAGGCGCUGCCAGAGGUGGCCGGCGCCGAGGCCAAGCUGCGCAUGGAUGGGGGCAAGCCGUACGUUACCGACAACCACAAUUUCAUCGUGGACCUCUACUUCCAGGAGCCCCUCAAGGAGCCCCAUGCAGCUGCCAAGGCCAUCGCCGCAGUGGAGGGUGUCGUGGAGCACGGCCUCUUCCUGGACAUGGUGGAUGUCUGCAUCAUUGCAGGCGCCAACGGCGUCGAGGUCAGGGAUCGGAAAGCCUAG